AACGAUCUGUCGCCGAAAGUCGAGACGAGAUCCGGAGAGAUGCCGAAGCUGUCAGCCAAACCCAUGGCGAAGUGGGGCCGCUUCUUGGCCAAAGCCCAGGAGCCCAUUGAAGAGUCUCCUGAGGAUGACAUGCGGUCGAAUUUGAAAAAAACUGAUUCCACGGACAGCGGCAUAUUGCGCAGUGAUAAUAAGCUAGAUCAGAUGGAG